AUGGCAGCCCCGAUCGGUACCAGCGCCCGCCCGGGAGACGCUGGACAGGAGAAACAGGACACCCAAGAGAAGGAAACUGUCAGCCCUGAGAGAGCAGAAGAGGCAAAGCUGAAGGCCAAAUACCCCAACCUAGGCCAGAAACCUGGAGGCUCUGACUUCCUCAUGAAGAGGCUGCAGAAAGGGCAAAAGUACUUUGACUCUGGUGACUACAACAUGGCCAAGGCAAAGAUGAAGAACAAGCAGUUACCAAGUGUGGGGCCAGACAAGAACCUGGUGACAGGAGACCACAUCCCCACUCCUCAGGACCUCCCACAGAGAAAAUCUUCACUUGUAACCAGCAAGCUGGCAGGGUAGUCUGCACCCAGAGUUUGGUUUUGGUUUUUCUUCUUCUUUCUUCUUUUUAUUUUUUUUUUCUUUUCUUUCUUCUUUCUCUUUUGGCUAAAAUGGAUUGAACUUCACAUAGGGAUGGGAGCACCCCACAUAGUUCUUUGGAGUAUUUACAGUGAAACCCCCCCCCAGAGAAGGCCAGCAAGAGGCAUUCCUAGCUUGAGACUCACAGGGAGGUUUGAUUUUUUUUUUUUUUUU